AUGCAACCAAGUAUGAAGAACGACAUUAGUGCGCAGCUGGGUAUCUUGUCUCCUUUGUCUUCGCUUUCCUCCACCUCAUCAUCAUUGUCAUCAAGGAAGUCUUCACUGGUCUCACAUUCACCUUCAAUCGCGUCCUUUAUUAGUGCAAAUACUGCUCUGCGGAGUAGCAGCCUUGGCAAUAACACUAGUGUAAGACAUCGUUUGCUCAGGGAUGAGGAAGCGCUGACGAACCGCCUGAAUGGUCUCAUUGAAAGUGCUCAGUGUUGCAGUACUAGGGCGCUGGAAGAGGGUGUGGAUGAAGUGGAAGAGAGUGAGUUUGGAGAUGAAGAUCAUCCCACUGGUCUACAGGAGUUACCGCCGCUCGUUAUCCUGGAGGGUUUCCUCUCCUUCGUCCCCCGUCUUUUUUGGGGUGGAUUUGACAAGUAUUUCCAUGCUUAUCGAGACUCAUUGGGUAAGAAACGCCAUCGAAAGCUCAUCAUUGCAAGAGUAGGCCCUGUCUCCUCCUUGCACGACAGAGCCUGCGAACUUUUCUACUCCAUCAAAGGUGGGACGGUCGACUAUGGCGAAGCACACUCUCGAUCUUCGCAUCACACUCGAUAUGGCCGGCAUUACGCCACGGGGGCAUACCCAGCCUGGUCAAAGUGGAACCCUGUUCAUUUUGCCACGCAUUCGUUGGGGGGAACGACGGUGGCUGUUAUGCUACAGUUGAUGAAGGAGGGGCAUUUCGGAUUUGAAGAUGGCAUUCAUCCCGAUAUGGUGGCAAGCUUUUCGGCUGUUUCAGCUCCGUUUAAGGGGACAGGGAUUGUACAUGUUUUUGGCAAGGACGGGAAGGGCGCACUCAGCAGCAUUUAUUUGUUUAUUUCAUUUUGGAUGUUUCUACGGCAAAUGUGGAGGAGCGAUUGGGAGCACAACACUGAUUCGUAUACUUUUGAUUCGAGGUUCGAAGGAGCAGUCGGGAGGGAGCAGUUUUGGAACAGGAGAGAAAAGGUGGCACCGGCAACGUACUUCCGGUCCUAUGUUGCUUGCAUGACGCGCCGAGCCAACCCCGAAGCGACGCGUCAUGUCAUUUCAUGGAAGUCGCAUGUGCUGGAGUCAAUAAUCUAUUAUUGCUUUGCGCAGCUGUUGGGAAAUUUGGAUUACCAGUCUAUUCGAACCCUUCCGUCGUUUCUGAAACCUCAAGUCCAAUUUCCACCGUCUCGUGCCAAUGGGAUGAGAGUAAGCAGUGGUCGUUGUCUUGGUGGAGGGAGUGGUGGACUGGGGAAUAGCAAGGAGUUGGGCAGGAGUGAGAUGAUGUUGGGACAUGCGCUAAAUGGGGCUGCGGGUGGCAGUAGUAUGGUGGAGGAAGGUACAGGGGAUGACUUGGCAAGUCAGAGCCAAUACGGGAGGACGGGUGUGAAGGUUGACCUUCCGGAGGAUUAUUAUGCCAGUGAUGGGCUAGUGCCUCUCUUUAGUCAAUACCACCCAGGCGAUUGCUCACCCACCUACUGCAUUCACCAUUCAUCCAUCCAAAACCCUCAUACAGGCCCGGGCCCGUUCCAUUUUGGGCUUUCCAACCCUUCCUCCACCAUGCAACCGAAACCGAAACCGGGUAUUUGGAAUGUCUGUUAUAUGCAGAAUACAACACAUUUGAGUAUAAUGCCACUUUGGAGAGGUUCGAGGUUGCAGAGGGCGUUCUGGUCUGAGUUGGGAGAGUGGCUCGAGGUUGUGGAUGAGGCAAGGAGGGAGAGGGACGUGGAGAGAAAACGGAAAGAAAGCGCCUGGUGUUGCAAUGUGCGACCUUCUGUGGCCCCUCUAAGCAAUGGCACCUGUAUCCGCUCCCACUCCCUGCCUCUCGAAGCCCGGUAA